UAUUGUGUUGUUUGUGUAGCUUAGAAAUGACUCCAUCUUUUCGACUCUCAACUUUCUCUCUCUAAAACAUGAGGAAUAAUAUGAGAGAGAAACUUGUUUGCCCUUCAAUUUCCCUCUCGAUUCCUUCGCCUUUGCUUUCGAUCCUUUGCUAGAGAACCUUAUUCCUUCUCUCUCCUAUGUUUAUCCCUUCAAAAUCCUUUUCUUUUCCUCCAUUUCCACUCUCUUCCUAGCCGUCAGGUGCACUUUGGUUUUGCAAACUAGUUCGUUGGCCCCUAAAUUACUUCGAUUGUUAGCUGGUUCUGUUGGAAUAUCGAAAAUGGCGAAAGGUAGCAGGGGAAGGCACAGGAUAGCUUCUCGUCACUACAGAGUGACUCCAUACCCACUAGCUCCUUGCAAAAGGGAUAUUUGUGAAGACAUGUGCCAAAAGAAAUGUUCCAAGGCUUUGGAAAUGAAAGAGUGGGAAGAUGUAACAUGUUCUGUGUGUAUGGAAUAUCCACACAAUGCUGUUCUUCUUCUUUGUUCAUCUCAUGACAAGGGUUGCCGUCCCUAUAUGUGUGGAACAAGCUUUCGUCAUUCCAAUUGCCUUGAUCAGUACAAGAAAGCUUAUACUAAAGUAAUUUCAUCUAAUGGGCAACCUGUGCAAGGCACUGCAGGUGUGCUACAAGACUCAAACUUGUCUCUUGACAAGAGUGAAGCCACAGAGCUUGCGUGUCCUCUGUGCAGGGGUCAGGUGAAAGGUUGGACAGUCGUGGAACAUGUUCGGGAUUUCCUUAAUGCUAAGAAAAGAGGCUGCAUGCAGGAUGAAUGCUCAUAUGUGGGGAACUAUAAGGAGUUGAGGAAGCAUGUACGUGCAGAGCAUCCCUCGGCGCGCCCUCGUAUGGUGGAUCCUGCUGAUGAACAGAAAUGGAGAUGGCUUGAGUGGGAACGCGAAAGGGAAGAUGUUAUCAGCACAGUAACAUCGGCAAUGCCUGGGGCCGUAGUUUUUGGAGAUUAUGUUAUAGAAGGUCACCAUAAUGAAUCCGAUACAGAUGAAGAAGAGGGUGCAGGUAAUGCAGAAAGAAAUGGAAGGUUUCAGAUGGGUAUUGAGGCAAUGAAUUUCUUCCUCCUGUUGCAUGCAGUUCGUCAAGGGAAUGAAAUUAACAACCUUGGUAGGCGGCUAAGGCCUGAGCUGACCACCAACAGGGUUGCAGCUCAGAAUGUUACUGACGUGCUGGAUAUUUCAGACGAAGACAAUGAUAAUGAUGAUGGCAGGUACAAUGAAGGUGAUGGUGGUGGUGUAUCUUUGGUUAGUCGUCUCCAACGCCAUGGUGGUGGCAGAGUUUUAUUGGGUCGUUCCGGUAGGAGGCGUAGGUGUAGAGAAGCACGUGCAAGGAUUGGAGAUAGUUGAAGAAGGUGCAUGAAACAGGAGGUUGGAAAAAAAGGACAAGUUUCAUAGAGCAUAUAUCAGAUUAGGAAAUUUAGCACCAUCUAGUGGUGGCUUAAUAACAUUUGAAGGGCUUUCUUUCCCGAAACAGGAAAUCAAAGAUGGGCAUUUUUAUUUUUUUUAAAUCAUGUUGUAAUUUCGUUUACAUGUACAUUCCUACCUUCCUCCUAUUUUGCACAUUUCAUUGUGAAUUCUCGUGUAAACAUUUGAUUUUAUGAAAACUUUGACAAGAAGUUGAUUGUCA